ACCAACCAACCUGCAGAUCUCUCUCUCUCUCUCACACACACGCACGCACGCGCACAGACGCACCCCUCCUUAUCCUUUUGCACCUCAGUGACUACUGUUGUUAGCUUCUUUCUCCCUCUGACAUCCUAAAAUUUGGAACAGACAAGAGUGACGAGCAUGGCUGCCACACUUUGCCUGCCUAAGCUCCCUGGCCCUGCAGUUGAUCUGUCCCUCAAAAACCAAUCCCCCUACUGCAACUCUUCCAAACUCCCAAAUCUCUCCAACCACCACCGCAGCAGCCAUCAUCAUCAUCACCUCUCCCUUGACCCACAAAAACACUUGCUUGAUGCUGCUCAGCACCUAAAAUCAGCUUCUGUUCCCCUCACAGCAGCCGCACUGCCCUUUCUUCUCGACCCGAAGGAUGCGCUUGCGGUUGGCGGGCAAUUUGGAAUUCUGGAGGGCAGAACAUUUGCUCUGAUUCACCCCGCUGUGAUGAGCGGCUUGUUUGUCUACACCUUGUGGGCCGGUUACCUGGGCUGGCAGUGGCGCCGAGUUCGGACCAUACAGGACGAGAUUAAUCAGCUCAAGAAGCAAGUCCAAGUGAAGCCUCCGCCUCCAGUUGCGGUCACUCCAGAAGGUAACACCGCCGCCGCCCAACCCCCACCUCCACCAUCUCCCGUUGAACUCAAGAUCCAGCAACUUUCUGAGGAGCGGAAGGAACUGAUCAAAGGGUCAUUUAGGGAUAGGCACUUUAAUGCGGGUUCAAUCUUGUUGGGAUUUGGCGUCUUUGAAGCAAUUUUUGGAGGAAUCAACACAUGGUUCAGGACAGGAAAGCUAUUUCCAGGGCCUCAUUUAUUUGCAGGGGCAGGGAUAACUGUUCUGUGGGCAGCAGCUGCAGCUCUCGUACCAGCAAUGCAGAAAGGGAAUGAAACAGCAAGAAAUCUUCACAUUGCACUGAAUGCGUUGAACGUGUUGCUCUUUGUAUGGCAAAUUCCCACUGGAAUUGAUAUAGUCUUCAAAGUGUUCGAAUUCACUAAUUGGCCUUAAGUGACAAACAAUGACUCAAAAUAUUAAUUGGCAGUCCUGUUUGCUCACUUAGGAUCCCAAUUUUUCUCCUUUUAUCUCUGUCGCUGCUUAUCAUUUUCUAUGAGUAAAGAUGUGAUAUUUCAGUCGCGCAAGUUUGCUUUACAUCUGCUUUCCAGUUCAUAAAACAUUUGUAUUGAGUGAUGCGACUGGAGGAGCUGAAACUGACAGUGUAUCAAGGAAUUAUAUUUGCUUGUUCUUGCCA